AUGGCAGAGCAAGUCAAAUUGGAUGAAAUGACAAGCAAGGAUUAUUACGCAGAUUCUUAUAGCCACUUUGGUAUUCAUGAGGAAAUGCUUAAAGAUACCGUUAGAACUAUGAGCUACAGAAACGCAAUCUUUAGCAACAGCGAAGCUUUUAAAGAUAAAGUUGUUUUAGAUGUCGGUGCAGGUACUGGUAUCUUAUCAAUGUUCGCUGCAAAAGCUGGUGCACGUAAAGUGUACGCUAUUGAUAUGUCUCAAAUUGCAGACCAAGCAAAAGUUAUCACUCAAGCUAACGGAUUCCAAGGAACGAUUGAAGUUAUAAAGGAUAAAUUAGAAAACGUUAAUUUACCAGAAAAGGUUGACAUUAUCAUAUCUGAGUGGAUGGGUUACUUCUUGUUAUACGAAUCUAUGCUCGAUACUGUCCUUGACGCUAGAGACAAGUUCUUGAAACCAGGUGGUUUAAUUCUUCCUGACAAAGUCACCCUCUACAUGGCUGCGAUUGAAGAUGCUGAAUACAAAGAUGAGAAGAUUGGUUUCUGGGAUGAUGUCUACGGAUUCGAUUAUAGCUGUAUCAAGGAUAUUGCGUUACGUGAACCUCUAGUCGAUUGUGUCGAUUUGAAGAACGUAGUCACGAAUCCAACUCCAAUCAAGGAAAUCGACAUAAACACUGUACAAAAGGGAGAUUUACAAUUCCAAGCAUCGUGGAAGCUUGAAUCAACACGUGAUGAUUAUAUACACGCCUUCUUGGGUUGGUUUGAUUGCUCAUUCCCUACACCAAAUGGUAGACCAGUUAGAUUCUCAACAGGACCUCAUGCCAAGUACACACAUUGGAAGCAAACAGUGUUUUAUACAAAGAACACUAUAAGCGUAUAUGAAGGACAAGAGAUUCAAGGGAAUAUAAGCGUCAAGCCAAAUGAAAGAAAUCCAAGAGAUUUAGAUAUCGUGAUACAUUACGAGACAGAGGAGGAAAAUAAGCAGAUUGAAACCGUUGAAUUUAAGAUGUCCUAA